AUGAAGAUAUUCACAAUUGCGACAGUUGUAGUGGCAGCUACCAGACUGAGAGCCGCCAUUACACCUGGCUCUCUUGUCACCAUCUCACAGGCCGCUGACUCCUCCAACGCGGCAGCAUGGUGGAGUCCGCUCGAUGAAGCCGGCGGAUACUCCUGGCUUGCAUAUCUCGUAAACCCAUCAGGCGGAUCAGUCUCGAACAACAACGUGAUGGUCGCCAGACGGGAUAUCUCAUCUGGGGGGAUUCUACGUGGCUGUGUGAAAACGGCAUCGGGAGCCUGCGAUGCCUUCGCUGACAACAUCGGGCACAACCAACCAAGCAUUGCUAUCGACGGCGACGGCUACGUUCACGUAUUUACCUCAAUGCACCACGCGACAUGGAAUUACUAUCGGUCUCAAGAUCCUUAUAGCGUGGCAGAGAUCAUUGACGCAAGCAGCCAGCUUCCCGACCAGAGUCUCUUAUUCACCUAUCCAAUUGUCAAAAGAGACGCAGCCGGUGAUCUCUGGCUUAUCAUCCGGGGAUACAAUGGUGAUGGCUUGUGCCGUGCUGGAUACUUGUAUCAUUACAAGACGGCGCAAAAGGCGUGGGCUCGGGUAGCGAUAUUCGCAUACAAUCGGCAAUACUCCAUCUACCCAGACGACCUGCAGUUCUCAUCGGACGGCGAUGUCCAUAUGCAGUGGGAAUGGGCCAAGUAUCCCGCAUCAGCGGGACGGCACGAGGGCAGUUAUCUGCGGUACAGACCCUCCACGGGAGUAUUCAAGACCAUAGAUGGUGUGGCCGUUUCUGUCCCGGUCACGCAGUCCACAGCAAACUUGGUCUUCCAGCCAUUGGCGACGGGGGAAAGCUACGGAGACGAUUCUGCGCCACCGCCAAUGAUGCAAAGUGCAAAGCUAGCGCUAUACGAAAAUUCAGCAGGGACUGUCCUUGUUCAACACGCUUUUCGCUUCCAGGCUGAAGUAGGGGGGACGUGGCAGAUCCGUCGAUCUGUCAGCCAUCGAGGCAACGCUGUGUGGACACAAGAGACCAUAUACUCUGCAGACGAUACCACAGCCGCCUUGGGGUUCACCCACGAUGGUACGACUGCGAGAAUAUAUUUUUGCAAAAAGCAAGGCAGUGCGUGGGCACUGGAGAGAUCGGCGUCUGCAACGGGCUGGAGCAGUACCGAGCUGGCUGCCGUCAAGGGGCAGCAGGUGCAGAGGCUUCAAGCGAUAUUGAGAUCCGAUGGCGACGAUGUUUUGUAUCUAGCAGCUCCGGCAAAUGUGAAUACCACAACAGGCAGCGUCUACUUUCUUACAGUAGGAGGACGCGAAUAA